CCCACAAGAAGUCCCGGUGAACCGCACUGAUGUUUUAGAAGCGGCACAGUUUGCUGUGGUUGAAUUCAACAAAGCCAACACAGAAGACCUGUUUAAUUACGCAAUUCUGGACAUAACAUCGGCUCAAGUUCAGACCGUCGGAGGAUUUAACUACUUCCUGGAAAUGCUCCUGGGACGUACAACGUGCAAGACCGGCAACACUGCUGCUGUCAAAGGCAAUGCUGCUGCUAGCGACUGUGAUUCCAACUCUGAACCCAAGGCAAGUGUGAGACUUCAGGUUGUGUUUGAAACUCAGGGGAAGAACACCUUAAAGCCCAACACUGGUCUGCCCCAGUGCAUCAAUGUCAAAUGUUAA